AUGACCGCAAAUGAGCCGCAGCCGGUGCUCCGGCGGCAGUUGCUCGAGUACCCUUCGCCCGCACGGAGCAGCAGUAAGUGUGGACGUCUGUGUAAGUGUGAGAGCAUCAUGGUGGCAUUUAAAGGAGUCUGGACUCAGCCCUUCUGGAAAGCUGUUUCAGCAGAAUUUUUGGCCAUGCUCAUUUUUGUCCUCCUUAGCCUCGGCUCCACGAUCAACUGGGGUGGAGCAGAGAAGCCCCUGCCUGUUGACAUGGUCCUUAUCUCCCUCUGCUUUGGACUCAGCAUUGCAACUAUGGUGCAGUGCUUUGGACACAUCAGCGGAGGCCACAUUAACCCUGCUGUGACUGUGGCAAUGGUCUGCACGAGAAAGAUCAGCCUCGCCAAGUCUGUCUUCUACAUUCUUGCCCAGUGCCUCGGAGCCAUCGUGGGCGCAGGCAUCCUUUACCUCGUCACACCACCAAGCGUGGUAGGAGGCCUGGGAGUCACUGCGGUACAUGGAGAACUUUCUGCUGGCCAUGGACUCCUGGUGGAGUUGAUAAUUACAUUCCAGCUGGUUUUUACUAUUUUUGCCAGCUGUGAUUCAAAACGAAGCGAUGUCACUGGUUCAGUAGCAUUAGCAAUUGGAUUUUCUGUUGCAAUCGGACAUUUAUUUGCAAUCAAUUACACUGGUGCCAGUAUGAACCCUGCUCGAUCAUUUGGUCCUGCUGUCAUCAUGGGGAGAUGGGAAAACCAAUGGGUUUAUUGGGUGGGACCAAUAAUAGGAGCAGUCCUUGCUGGUGCUCUUUAUGAGUAUGUCUAUUGCCCAGACGUUGAACUCAAGCGCCGUUUUAAAGAUGUCUUCAGUAAAGCUACCCAGCCGUCCAAAGGGAAGUACAUCGAGGUGGAUGAUAACAGGAGCCAUGUAGAGACCGAUGACCUGAUCCUGAAGCCUGGCAUAGUUCAUGUGAUUGAUAUCGACAGGGGUGAGGACAAGAAGGGAAGAGAUCCAUCCAGCGAGGUCUUGUCUUCUGUAUGA